GUUUUUUAUCCUUUGUUCUUCUCAUCUUUCUCCGAUCGGUGGAAUCUCUCUUUUUUUUUUUUUUCUCUAGUUCUAACUAACCUACGCCUAGUGCAGCUCUCUUAAAACGUGUGCUCAGCGUCUGCCAUGGAGUGCCUGGCAUGUAGGAAGGUGCAUGAUAAGGCUGCUCUGUUCUUGACGGAGGAAUCUAGCCGUGGUGGAAGGUUAAAGAGAUGUGUUAAGUCUCCUCCAGAGGAGAAAACGCAGAGUUCAUCAUCGGUCGAGGUGGUGACGGGAGAAAGCAGCGAAAGCGAGGAGGAAGAAGAAGACGGCACCGUUUCGUCACAAGGAAGAUGGCUUGAUUCGUUCAGUUCCUCUCUUGAAGAUUCUCUUCCGAUUAAGAGAGGAUUAUCAAAUUAUUACAUGGGGAAGUCGAAAUCAUUUGGGAAUCUAUUGGAAGCUAGCAGCAACGCCAAGGAACUAGAGAAAGUGGAAAGUCCAUUGAACAAGAGAAGGAGAUUGCUUAUUGCUAACAAGCUAAGGAGAAGAACUUUGUCUUCAUCUUUCACCUUCUACCCCAAGACUAACCUUAAUUCUAUGCCUUUACUUGGAUUGCAAGAAUCUGAUGAAGAUGAUCACAAAUACACUAACAAUGAUGAUGAUGAUGAUAGUAGUGAUGAGGAAAUUAAUGAGAUGCAAGAGAAGAGGAUGAAGAUGACUAAUAAUAGAGAUUUUAUGGUUCAAACUCAGAGCUGUUUUUGCUUAUCUAGUUUUCCAGCUUAUGAUCGAUAAAAUCCAGUUUCUCCCCUCCACCAAUUCCACUUGUGUUCUGUUUUUUAUUUUAUUUUUUAGAGUAGAGGAAAAUUUGUUCGCAAUAAGUGAUUUGAUAGUUUGAGUAAGGAAUAUAACUAAUGGUUUAGUCGUUUUAGAUGAUCAUACUUUUGUUGAAUUUUAAUCGAUAAUGAGUUUGAUUAUUAUUUGUAUAUUUGAUUUGAUCUCCACUAGUUAA